AUGGAUGACAUCCGCGACGACCUCCCCAUGUCCAUGACCAUGGCCGCCUUUGCGGGCGUGGCCUGGUACAUCGGGCUGGAGAUCAACAUAUCGCUCUUCAUGAUGUUCAAGCGGCGCAAGGGCCUGUACUUCUGGUCGUGCGCGCUCGUGUCCUGGGGCAUCAUCCUGCAGACGCUCUUCAUCAUCCUCGCCGACUUUGGCCUGUGGAAGAACUUCCUCGGCGCCGUCACCAUGAUCUACCUGUCGUGGUUCAUCAUGGUCGUCCCGCAGAGCUGGGUGCUGUACUCGCGGCUGCACCUCAUCGUGCUCAACCAGCGGCUACUGCGGUACAUCCGGUGGGCGCUGAUCUUCAACUCGAUCGUGUUUUCCGUCCCGACGAUUGUCGUGGGCAUCAUUGCACAAGCCACCGACAUCAAUCCCGCCCUGGCCGACAGGAACAUCAUCUGGGACCGCGUCCAGCUCACCGUCUUCUUCGUCCAGGAGACCGCCCUGAGCCUCCUAUACAUCUACGAGACCCGCAAGUCCAUCGACUUCAGCUCCUUCUUCGCCGCCCGGCCCUCGCUGUCCUCCGACCGGCACGCGAGCACGCUCACCACGCCGGCCGAGCGCGCCAAGAACCGCGUGCUCUGGCAUCUGGUGCUGGCCAACCUGCUCAUCAUCGCGCUCGACAUCGCCCUGCUCGGCAUCCAGUACGGCGGCGACCACCUGUUCUACCUGCAGGGCGCCUUCAAGCCGUGCGUGUACGGCGUCAAGCUCAAGGUCGAGUUCCUCGUGCUCAACCGGCUCAUCGAGAGCCUGUGGGCGGCGCGCGGCACGCAGCACGCGCGGUACAAUAGCCAUCCGAACAGCGGGGGAGGAGGGAGUGGCCACGCGCGCGGAGGGAGCAUCAGCGUCACGGCGUCCAAGGUCGUGGCGUCGUCGAAGAGCAGGGGAGGGGUGCGCUCGCCGAACCUCAUCACGCCUGAGAUUGUCGAGGACGAGCCGCAGAUGCAGAGCGAGGCGAUCGACCUGGAGAACAUGCACGGCAGGGACAGCCACAAGCUGUCGGCGAUGCAGAGCUUCGAGGGGCAGAGCUCGGUGUCGGAGAGGCCCGUCACGGAGAAUGACGGACGCCUGUUUGGAGCACCGACAGAGCCUUGGGACGCGACGAAGCGUCGCUGA